AAGUCCAAAACGCACCCAAAGAAAUGUUCACCUCAAAAAUUUGAUUUUGGCGUUGUUAUUUUUAUAUACAGCGCAUUAGACUUAUUUUAUUCGAUUAUUGUCAUUAAAUAAACCUAAAUUCGAUCUUGAUCUUAAAUACAACAUGUGAUAAUAACAUAUUUUACUAAAAAAGUUUUUAAAAAAUCGCAAAAAAAUUGCCAAAACUCCGGUAAGCACCAGAUGGUAAGGGGUGGGCAGUGAUGGGAGACCAGGAAGAGAACGAAGAGAACAAUCUAGAAGGCAUUGUAUCUACCACUUCCGCCGCCGAGAGUCAAGCCACGGUGGUUAGCUCUUUGGAAGCGUCACAGCAAAACGUAUCUGCCUCUCGCAUCGUCAACACCGGGCUGAGGAUACGAGUGAGGGACCGGGACAGUACGGGGCCAGAAUCUUCUAUCACUGUCCCAGAAGAGGACGCCCCUUCCUCUGGUUGAUAAUUGAUUAAAUGUCAUUUAUCCGGGAAUAUUAUGUUUCAUAUGUCUCUAGUAUA